CCUGAUCCGGGCUGGCUCCCGGGGCUCCAGGCCGGGCUCCGCAGCAGGCAGCCCGGCCCCGGGAGUGGGACCCCUUCCUCCCCACCCGGGGGACCCCCACUUCCGGCCGGAGCCACCUGGGCUCAUCGCGGGGACGCUGCCUCUUGGCGGCGAGAGACCUGGGGGCCACAGUGGUCCUGGCUGCGACGGCGCCACGAAGACCUUUGAGCAUCGUCCCGGGCCGAUGUCCCAGGUGAGUGGCCAGCCCGCCCCUCACUGCGACGCGCCCCAUGGAGCCCCCAGCGCAGCCCGGGGCCCAGGUAGGAACCAGGGAUGCAGAACAAGACCGGACGGGAGCGAGGGCCCAGACCCCAUCACUCCUUCCUGGGCUGGAGGUAGUGACAGGAUCUGCUCACCCCGCGGAGGCAGCGCUUGAGGAGGGCUCCCUGGAGGAAGCAGCGGCACCCUCCAUGACCCAAGGCAAUGACCCUGGGGCCCCCCAGGCCCUGGACAGCACUGACCUCGAUGUCCCCAUAGAAGCUGUGACACGCCAGCCCCAGGGGAACCCCUUGGACUGCACCCCACUAGUGGCGAAUGGCUCUGGCCACCCCUCGGAGCUGGGCGGCACCAGGCGGACGGGGAAUGGUGCCCUGGGUGGCCCCAAGGCCCACCGGAAGUUGCAGACGCACCCAUCUCUUGCCAGCCAGGGCAGCAAGAAGAGCAAGGGCAGCACCAAGUCCGCUGCCUCCCAGAUUCCCCUCCAGGCCCAGGAAGACUGCUGCGUCCACUGCAUUCUGUCCUGCCUGUUCUGCGAGUUCCUGACGCUGUGCAACCUGGUCCUGGACUGCGCCACGUGCGGCUCCUGCAGCUCCGAGGACUCGUGCCUCUGCUGCUGCUGCUGCGGCUCCGGCGAGUGCGCCGACUGCGACCUCCCCUGCGACCUGGACUGCGGCAUCCUGGACGCCUGCUGCGAGUCGGCCGACUGCCUGGAGAUCUGCAUGGAGUGCUGCGGCCUCUGCUUCUCCUCCUGACCCCUGCGCGCUCCGGAGGCCGCCCCGCGUCCCUGGCCGUCGCCCCAGGCGGCGCCGCCCCGUCCCCUGGGCCCCUCCCACCCGCCCUGCACCCUCCUGGAACCCCAGCCCGGUGAGAGGGGGUGCCCGUCCUCCUUCCCCGUCUCCCAGGACCUGGUGGGGGGCGAUGGGGGGGGACCACUCCUGGAUCAGCUGCCAGGGCUGCUGAACACUGUGAAAGCUGGGGGAGGGGGCAGGGACGUGUGGGGGGGCUGGGGCGCCGGGGCUGUGCGCUUCUCUACCUCUCACUGCCCCUGUGCCUGCCUCCCCUGCCGCCCAUCCCAGGCUUCGAGGACAGCAAAAUGUGAAAAGAAACACACCCCACCCGACCUCAGCCAAACCCCUCCCCAGUCCCCCUCCUGGGGUCUUGGUGGGGGGGGGCCUGACCCAUACAGUGACCCCGGAGGGCAGGGCUGGCCUUGGGCCCAGGGUGGGGUGGGAGGGGGGAGCGGUAUAGAAAAGACUGGAAGGGGAGAGGGUGGGAAUGGAGGGUGGGUCUGUUCUGUUUGUUGCUGUAAAUAAAGAUGUAU